AUGGGUAAACGAAAAUCUAAACGAAAACCUCCACCAAAACAAAAACGAAUUGUAGCUCUUUCUGUUGUAUUUCCAUGUCCAUUUUGUUCACAUGAUCGUUCUUGUGAAGUUAAAAUUGAUCGAAAAGCAAAUGUUGGUACAAUCGAAUGUCGAAUGUGUCAAGAAAACUAUUCAACAUCAAUUCAUUAUUUAAGUGAACCAGUUGAUGUAUACAAUUCAUGGAUUGAUGCAUGUGAAGAACAAAAUCGAGAAUAA